AUGGUCUCUCCUUCAUUUUUAUCAUUCUAUACUCUGUGGACGCUGUGCGCCCUUCCUGUAGAGUCUUUAUGGUUUCGCCGCUCAAAUGGUCAUCUAAAUCGCGCUGCUAAAGGUCCUGGAGAAAUGAUCCCCAAAACCCAAGGAUCUGAGCCAGAUCACAAUUUCACCUACUCUGUGCCUAGUCCGAGAGUUAUCACACCUACGUUGACGUCCCAAAGCAUGGUCGUCACUUCUGUGGUAGCAGCCUAUGAAGUUUGCAACACUCCUGGGUCCAAUACCUCUUCAAAUUGUUCCACGGUAUUCGGGAAUAUCACAACGUCUCUUUGCUCAACUGUAUUGUCCGCUUGGUUUACCAGUGUCACAGUUACUGAUUGUAACCAAAAUGUUACAUUUUCCACACAAAGUAGCUACUCUCUAGCAACUGCAACAGCCAUUCCAUCCAUACCUCCCGCUCUUGUAGCUGGCCAAGCUCUAUCGCAGAGUCCAACAGCAGCUACUUUCGUCCAGAGCGUGGUUUCCUAUUUCAUCGCCCCAUGGCAAUCUCUUGCGGCUAACACACCCACCAAUAUCGCAGUGCUUAUCUGCAAGUUCGACCAAAACGACAAUGAAUCUUGUCAGGAAAUACAGGAAAUUUGGGUUGUGCAUACCGAAAACGUGCCCGUUACAUCAACUAGUACGGUGUCAAUUUCGACAUCCUUCACUGCUCCUGCUGUGCUCCUUUUGGGCCCAAGUCAAAGCAUUACAGUUCCCACGGGAGCCUUUGAACUUACAACUGAAAUUGGAUACACAAGCUUGUCAGCGAACGGCACCACUUCUACCUCGACACUUUCGGAAAGUGGGCCUUUGACAACCGGUCUUUUGGGCGCCGCUCUUUCACAGAGUGGGACUUCUGCGACCACUUCGACGACCACAAUAACGAUAUCGGGCAAGCCGACUACCAUUACACGGACAUUGAGUUUCGUCUCUACGUCUGAACCGUGA